AUGACAGAAACAAAUUUGUCUGGCAUGGAUUCUUCUAACAAUGGUGGUUUGGAAUCAUUCAAGCAUUUUAAAAAAGACGAUUUUGAAGCAGAAUGGGAUAAAAUUGCUGAGCGCAGUUCUGGGCGAGUCUACAAGGUGAAACUCAAACUGUUGCGGGAGAAGUGUGUCCUUAAAACUUUUUCUACCAACAGUCUUGACAGGAUAAUGAUAAAGGAGGCAUCCCAAAUUUCAAAAGUGAAAUUCAAAUACCUGUUAACCAUUUAUGGGGUGUGCAGUGAUCCUCCAUCAGUGGUUUUGGAAUAUAUGAGCAAAGGCUCCUUGGAGAAUCUCCUCUCCAGCUAUGUCUUGAUGUGGCCUAAGAAAUUUCAAAUGAUUCAUGAGGUGACCAUGGGCAUGAAUUUUCUGCACAGUAUGACACCUCCGCUCCUUCAUUUGAACCUAAAGCCGUCAAACAUCCUACUCGACGAUCACUUGCAUGUUAAGAUUUCAGAUUUUGGGCUAAUUAAGUGGGAAGAUUCCUCCAGUAAGAAUUCAUUCAUUGAACAUUUGACCUCAAGAGGAAACAUGAACUACAUCCCUCCAGAAGCCUUCACACAGAGCCCUGAUCCUCCUACCACUAAGUAUGAUGUUUACAGUUUUUCCAUAGUGAUGUGGGAGAUCCUGACACAAAAGAGAGCAUAUUCAGGACUGAAUAAGGCAGAAAUACUAAUAAGGGUGUCUUCUGGAAAAAGGCCACAUCUGGAGAAGAUUCCUGAUGACAAACCUAAAGAAUGUGAGGACAUGAUUGGAAUAAUGCGGUGUUGCUGGGAGCAGGUUGUUAGUGAAAGACCUGCUUUCUCAGACAUUGUGAAGGAGACUGAAGUCCUCAGUGAAGUCCUAAAGAUUCCCGAUGUGGUCCGGGGAUGUGAGAGUAAAGAGAGGCCUCAUAAACUUGCUUACACAACACUGUCCACCUGCUUAACAAAAGAAACCAUACCAAAAGAAGAUGCUUCCUCUGACGACAUCCACUCUCUUCUGUCAAGGAAGGACUUUGAGACAUUCAAGAGAGUCUUAAAGAAAGAACAUAUCUCAAUACCCUGUAAAGAUAACAAUACUCUCCUUCACUACACUGUGGCAAGUGGGGACACUGGAAGUGUUCGAAAGGUUUUGGAGCUUGGUGCGGAGGUGAAUUGUCAAAGUGUCAAGGGUUACACACCUCUUAUAAUUGCUGUGCUCCACAAGUUCCACGAGAUCUGCAAUUUGCUUAUGGAAUACGAGGCUGAUCCAAACCUCAACGAUCUGGAUCGGUGGACUCCUCUGCAUUUUGCUGCCCAAAACGGUGACGACAGAGCUGUCCGUCUUCUGUUGGACAACAAAGCCGAAGCAUAUGUCAAGGAGAGGGAUGGCUGGACACCCCUUCAUCUGGCAGCUCAGAACGGGCACGAGAAUGUAGUGCGUAUCUUGCUGCCUCGUGUCACGGGCAUCAAUGAGCAGGAGGCGCAGUCUGGAAGGACGCCGCUUCACGUAGCUUGUAUGUAUGGGCACCUUAACAUUGCUAAGCUUCUUCUCAUGCAAGGAGCUGACCCCAAUAAGAAAGACGCCUCCAAAGCGACUGCAUUACAUUUGGUGGCUGAAGAAGGACACUUCAGGGUGGCUCGUUUGCUGCUUACGAAAGGUGCAGAUGUCAACAUUGUGGACAACCGUAACUAUAGCGCUCUACACUUUGCUGCUCUGAGGGGACACAGUGGCAUCUGUAGGCAGCUUUUGAGCAAAGGAGGGAACCCUGAUGAAAAGACCUUCCAGGGCUGGACGCCCAUGCAUUUGGCCGCACUGAAAGGGCACCCUGAGACUGUACUGGUCUUGGAGGAGCACAAAGGUUCGGUGAACUCCCAGGGGGAAAACGGUUGGACGCCUCUUCAUUUGGCAUGUCACUAUAGGCAGGAGGAGGUGGUGUCAGUGCUCCUCACAGCUGGGGCUGACCCCAAUCUGGCUGAGAACAACGGUUGGACUCCGCUCCACCUGGCCUGUAGCAACGGCAGUUUCCCCAACGUCCUCCAGCUUAUCUCCCACAAGGCUGACGUCAAUUCUCAGAACUGCAGCCAGUCGACUCCACUGCACCUAGCUGCCCAGAAUGGGAACAUUCCCAUUAUCAAAGCUCUGCUCCUUAAUAAUGCACGCAGGGGCAUAGUUGACUCCAAAGGGUGCACUGCUUUCACUCUUGCUAAGCAGUGUCAUAACAAAGAGGCAGUUCCUCUUCUGGAAGAAGACGAGAUCAUGUGCUGA